AUGGCGUCGUCAGGUGUAGGAAUCAAGCUUGUUUCCCUGAUUGUGAAGGAUUAUGAUGACGCUGUUCGCUUCUUCGUCGACAAGCUGGGCUUCGAGUUGAGUACUGACGAACCUGCCACCACAAGCCACUCCAACAAACCUAAGCGGUGGGUCGUUGUUCGCCCUCCUGGCAGUCCAGAGGACUGUGGGAUUCUGCUUGCGCGCGCAGAAGGGGCUGAACAGGAGGCUGCUGCAGGAAGCCAAUGGGCUGGACGGGUGGGGUUGUUCUGGCAAGUCGCCGACUUCGAAGCCACCCAUGCCAGGAUGAAGAAUGCCGGCGUCGAGUUUCUAGGUAGUCCUAGAGAUGAGCCGUAUGGCAAGGUUGUAGUCUUCAAAGACGUCGCUGGCAACAAGUGGGAUCUGCUAGGUCCGCGGCCAACUCGAGGCUGA